CUUGGCACAUCAGUUCGACGCAGAAAUACUUUGAUACAGUGCGUUCAGCUCAAUAGAUCUAUCUCUCAGGAGGUAAGCUCGUCCUCGUCGCAUUUCUAUCCCAGUUCUGGACCGAAGUCCCAAACGCGGCUGAGAAGGGUAGCUUAUGCAUCUUGGAAACCGGUGGCCUAGGUCAACACAACAUUUGCUUACAUAUAUUGCAAUUUUCAAAUCUACGUUACAGAAGCAGCGUGUCUGGCGAGACUAAAGCCCGGAUUAGCCAUACUGCAUACAUCUAGCUCCCGGAGGCACAGAACUACAGACGCUUGAAGAUGGACAAGGAUAUGGAGCGACGAGGCGAACCCGAGCAGCCGUUUCUUGUGCGCUUCUUCGAUCCCAAGGUCGCAGCCAAGGACUUUCGAGGAAGAACGCUGGAUGACAUUUUGGCGUAUGACGACGACCGAUUUGAGAUGAGUCAUGACUACAUACAAAUCCUCUUCCCCUUGCCUGAAGGAUCGGCGUUCAAUUGGCAGUCUCCCAUCAUCGACAAGGACACCUUCCAAGCAUUUCGAGCUCGUGAAGAUCUGAGAAAGAGCUUUCAACGUGGCUACAUACGCAUAAUGAACUUCUACGGCUUCGAUGUCACGCUGUUGGACGCAGGUGGCGUUCAAUUGAGCCGCAGUGCAAAUCAUAAGAUUGCCUUCAGAAACUGGGUCGUGCGAAUGGACCACAACCAUCUCAGGAUCUCUCGGAUUAUCCGCUCCCUUCGAGUCCUUGGCCUCACAGCCCGUGCUGAUGCCUUUUACAAGGCCAUACUAGAGGUUAAUACAGAUUUUCCGAAUCGUAUCAGUGCUCGCUCACUAAUGUACUGGAAACGGGCUGCCGAGCGUCCCCUGUAUUUGUCUCCGGAUCAGGACGACGAUGACGUGGUGACUGGCCCCAGGUUUUUGCUCGACUUUGAGAAGAACAAUGGUGACUAGAAGCGUGCCGUGGGCCUGGUCAGCAAUAAUGAAGACAUGGAUGCAGAGUUUAGUUCUUUGCAAAUAAGACGGAUGCACCGGUAAAGUAUUGAGGAUGGUGGAACAGAGAUAGGUUUGGCUGCUACGAUAGAUCGGAUGCGCUUAUAGCUCUGUCACGUUCUCGAGAUGCUUGUAGUAUACCCUAGAAAUUCAAAUCGUAUAUUUCACAAA